AUGAAUAUCUUAAACGGAAAUGCGCUUGUUACUGGAGCAGGUUCAGGAAUUGGUCGACAGCUAUCGCUUGCCUACGUAAGAGCGGGCAUCCAAGGCAUCACUUUAGCAGAUCUCAACAAAGAUGCCCUCUCCGAGACGGCACGCUUGAUUCAGGCCCAAUAUCCUGAUGUCAAGGUUUUGCCCAUAGUUGUCGACGUGACGGAUGAGAAGUCGGUCAACGCAAUGGUUGACCAAGCAGUGCAGACCUUUGGGACGCUUGAUUGUGCCGCGAAUGCUGCGGGAGUUAUCGUCAAGUCUCGCGAAAAGUCAGCCCAUGUCCCGAGCAGCGAGUUCGACCGCGUGAUGAACAUCAACACUAGAGCGGUGGCACUUUGUAUGCAGGCUGAGGCGCGCGCCAUGUUGAAGCAACCGCGCAAGCUGACCAGUGCGUACUGGCAGGACGAGCGCAGGGCCCAGGUAGGAAGCAUUGUCAAUUUCGCUAGCGUCUGCGGUCUCCAGGCCAUGCUUAAUGUUAUGCCAUACGUGGCGUCUAAGCACGCCGUCAUGGGUAUGACUAGGAGUGCGGCGGCGGAGCACGGUCCCGAGGGGCUGCGCAUCAACGCCGUCUGCCCCGGCAUUGUCGAUACACCCUUCAUUGGAGACCUCAAGGCACUCAAAGGUGGCAACGAGCAGGACCCUGCCUUUGCGAACCCACUCGGAAGACUUUGCUACCCCGACGAAAUUGCGGACGCUGUUGUCUUCCUCAGUAGCACCAUGUCGAGCUAUGUGAACGGUAUCGGGUUGGUCUCAGAUGGCGGUAGGUCUGUACAGUUUUAA